AUGAGACUAGAGAGUGAAGAGGAUAUUAACGGAAUGCUUAGGGAUAGGGAUGGACGUCCAGAUGUGAAAAUAUAUGUUGUAGCCCGAAAGCAAUCAUAUGCAUUGCCGUGGAAUCCUUCACAUUCACAACAAACCUUACAAUACCAAAACGAGGGAGAUACAAAUGUAAGUGAUUUGAAUCCGGAGAAAGAUCAAAAUGAAGAAACAAGGGUGGAAGAAGAGAAAGUUGAAGGUUUGGUGGAAUCCGAUUAUGAGAGAGAGCCGGAGCCUGUAGAUAAUACUGAAGUAGGGAGUGAAAGGGUUCAUUUUGAUUUCGGAUUUGGUAUGUUGAAUGAGCAGCUUGUUAGAAAUUCAGAUACCGACUACGAGGACUCCGAUGAUUUACGAAGCAUUUAUAGUGAAGAGGAAGGUAAUAGAGCUUCAAAAAUGAGGGCUUCCAAUGAUGCUUUGAAUGUGGGGACAAAUAUGGAGGAUCCAGUGUUCAAAACAGGCUUGAUAUUUGAGUCGAAGGCCGUACUAAAGGCUGCAAUCACCUCACAUUCAGUUACAAACAGUAGAGAGAUUAAGUUCAAAAAGGAUGAUGCUCGUAGAUUGAGAGCCAAGUGUAAGAGAGAUUGUCCGUGGGUGUUGUAUGCUACAAAGGAGCAUGGUAAGGCAAGUUGGGCGAUCAAAACUUUUGUGGAGGAGCAUACUUAUCCCAUGGUAUACAAGAACUUCAGGGUGACCUCAUCCUAUUUGGCAAAUAGAUAUUUAGCUGAUUGGAGGGCUGAGCAAAACAUGUCAGUCACUACAUUCAUGGAGAGGGUUAAGCGAGAUGGUUUAGGUGAUAUCUCAGCCUGGCAGGUAUAUAGAUUGAAGGAGAAGGCGCUCGAAAAAAUUAGAGGGAGUGUGGUGGAGCAUUACAAAUUACCGUGGGAUUAUUGUGAGGAGUUAAAGAGGACAAAUAUUGGGACCAUUGCAUUGGUUGAGGGGCACGUUGGAGAAUUUCGACAGUUGUAUAUUUGCAUUGGGGCAUUGAGAGAUGGUUUUAUUCGAGGUUGCAGAGGGGUGAUUAGGGUAGAUGGCUGUUUUUUGAAGACAGAGCUUGGUGGCCAAUUGUUGACAACAAUUGGUGUUGAUGCGAAUAAUGGUAUAUAUUCGGUGGCAUACGUAGUUGUGGAGGUUGAAAAUGGGGAUAAUUGGAAAUGGUUUUUGGAGUUAUUGGAGGAUGAUUUGCACAUACAUAACAGUCAACAUUGGAUAUUCAUUUCAGAUAAGCAAAAGGGAUUGACAAAUGCAAUUGGGACAUUGUUUGAGAAUUCGGAGCAUUGUGUCAGACAUCUAUACAACAAUUUCAGCGUUUGUCACAAGGGUUUAGCAUUGAAGAACUGUUUGUGGGAUGCAGCCAGGGCCACUACUAUAUCGCAGUGGCGUCAACACAUGCAACGGAUGAUGGAUUUGGACCCGACUGCUUAUGGAUGGCUUGAAAAAAAACUAGCUUCCCAUUGGAGUAAAUACCACUCUAAAGAGUGGAAUCAGUGUGACAUGCUUCUGACCAACUUAUGUGAAUAA